UUACCUUUAACAGUACACAAAACAAGGUAAAGUUUUGCAGAACUGGAGACAUGACUGGUGUACUGACACAAGGGGCCYUUGAGGCCCUUGUCAAAGGCUCACAAAUAAAAAACCCUGUUCUGCAGCUUCUGGAUAUUCGUAGUCUUGAUAAUGGCCCAAACCCACCGAGGUUCCGGGUUAAGAUGAGUGAUGGUCAGCACUUCCUUUCCUCCUUCGUYCUGGCCACCCAGUUAAACAGUCUGGCAGAAGAGAAUCUCCUUGUCAAAAACUGUCUGUGUACGCUAAAGCGCACCAUCAUUAACACUCUGUCAGAUGGCAGGCGUGUGGUCGUUAUCAUGGAUAUGGAGAUCUUGCAGUCGGCAGAGGAAACUGGAGGAACGAUKGGAAAUCCAGUUUCAUAUUCUACAGAUGCAGGGAUGGUGUCAUCAACCACAGCUGGACCAGCAUCAUCUUCUUCGUCUGCUGAGAGACCUGGACCAUCCUUUACGAACAACAGCAGCAAUGGAAAAGGUUUCACAGGAAAAGCAACGAUGAAGGCCUCGCCCAUGAAGGCUUCUCCCAUGAAGGCCUCACCCAUGAAGACCUCUCCCAUGAAGGCUUCACCCAUGAAGACCUCUCCCAUGAAGGCUUCACCCAUGAAGACCUCUCCCAUGAAGGCUUCACCCAUGAAGACCUCUCCCAUGAAGGCUUCACCCAUGAAGACCUCUCCCACYAAGGCUUCACCCAUGAAGACCUCACCCUCGAAAGCCUCACCCAUGACACCUAUUGCUAACCUCAACCCCUACCAGAGCAGGUGGACUAUCAGAGCCAGAGUCACAAACAAGGCUAAUAUCCGUACCUGGAGUAACUCCAGAGGGGAGGGCAAGCUCUUCUCCUUUGAGAUACUGGAUGAAAGUGGAGAAAUCAAGAUUACUGCCUUCAACAAAGAAGUGGACAAGUUUUUCUCUCUAGUGGAGCAAGGCAAGGUAUACUACAUCUCGAAGGCUACACUGAAGGUGGCCAACAAACYGUACUCAACAUUAAAGCACGAUUAUGAGAUAACGCUCCACGCUCAUUCAUCUAUAAUACCAUGUGAUGARGGUGACGAAAUCCCCACGUUGCAUUGUGACUUUGUGCCCAUUGAAGAACUGGAAAACCGAGACAAAGAUGCCAUUAUUGAUAUAAUUGGAGUGUGCAAAAGUGCCGAGGAUGUUUCUCGUGUCACCACUAAAACCAGCAGAGAAGUCUCUAAGAGGGCUCUCAGCCUAAUAGACAUGACUGGCAAAGAGGUGACGGUCACGCUGUGGGGAGAGGAGGCAGAGAAGUUUGACGGGUCUGGAGAGCCGGUCGUUGCCAUCAAAGGAGCUCGCCUGUCUGAUUUUGGAGGCAGAUCGCUUUCAGCUUUGUUCAGCUCAACAGUCAUGGUCAACCCCGACAUACCCGAGGCUUUUAGACUCCGGGCGUGGUAUGAUCAAGGAGGUUAUGCACUCGACAGCCAGUCGCUAACAGAAACCAGGUCAACCAUUCGMGGAUCAACGAUGAACUGGAAAAUGCUCGGCGACYUUAAGAAUGKACAAAUGGGACAUGGAGAGAAGGCUGACUACUUCAGCUGCGUGGCAACAGUGGUGUACAUUCGAAAGGAAAGCUGUCUGUAUCAGGCGUGUCCAUCUUCAGACUGCAACAAGAAGGUCAUAGACCAACAGAACGGCUUGUAUCGCUGUGAAAAGUGUAACCGCGAGUUCCCGAACUUCAAAUACAGACUUUUGCUUUCUGCCAACUUAGCCGACUACUGGGAUAACCAGUGGGUGACGUGCUUCCAGGAGACAGCCGAGGUCCUGCUGGGUCACAGUGCAGAGGAGCUGGGACAACUCAGAGAAACAGAUGAGGCAGCAUUCGAUCAAGUCUUCCACAAAGCCAGCUUCACAACUCACAUCUUUAAAAACAGAGUCAAGCUGGAGACGUACAACGAUGAGAGUCGAGUGAAGGUAACGGUCAUGGAAAUCCUUCCUUUGGACCACAGAGAGUACAGCAGGAGACUCCUGCGCAGCAUCCGGAGCUUGGCUCGCUGAGUUCUGUUCCUGUCAUCCAAAAACCUGCCUGAUAUUUACACAUUUCUGCUCGGUUCUCACUGGACUAGACCAGGACUGUGGCUGGUGUCAGACUUUGUUUUUUUUGUCCAGCUGUAAGAUAUAUCUGACUAAAACAAAUGAGAAGCAGCAAGUGAUUCAUGUAUUUUAAUGGCAGCCAAACAAAGACGUUUGUGUUUCGUUUUCUUCAGCUGACAAAGUGUGAAACAAACAGCAAUAUUUUUAUUCACUGUUUUAGCAUUAAGAGUUUUUAAAGUUUCAUGUUAAAAUUUGCAUUGAUUCGUUUUCUCAUCCAUUGACUCAUGUAACUUAAAGGCCACAUUUUCUUUCUUUAUAAAAGUGAAUCAGUUUUUUGUUCAGAGUUUGCUAAAGCAAACGUCCUUUGUUAGCUUUUAGCAUUUAAAUGUAGCAGUGAGUGCAACUUUAGGUUUUGUUCAAAAUGUUAAGGCCUUUUUGAUUGUUGUUUUUUAUUAUUAUAAUUGUCACUUUGUUUUCCUCAUU